AUGAGCUUCUCUGGAGAACGUGAAGAAAGUGACAUUUCCUACAAAAUGAGCCUCUCUGGAGAGAGUGAGGAGAAUGAUCACUCUGUGGGUCACAGCAUCCACUUAAGUCAACAGCCAUCAGAUUCUGAAAGCUUCAAGAUGGAGAGAGCGCCAUCCCCCACACUAACAUGUGUAUCAGAAAAGAGUGAUAAAUCAGAGAAGCGUGACAUUUCCUUCACAUCAGAAUCACAGCCAAGUGCCAAACUGUAUGAACUCAAGGGACAAACACCAGUGGAUAUGACUGGAGACCCAGGACAGAGACUCUGCCAGCAGCACCACAGAGUGCUGGAGGUGUUUUGUAAGACUGAUCACAUAUACAUCUGUAAAGGCUGUGCAGCAGAAGAGCACAAAAGCCACAAUAAAGUCUACAGAAAUAUGUCUAGUAUACCAGACACCCCAAGCCUUAUCAUGGCCAUAUUGACAAAUAUGAAGGAAAAAGACAUCAGAGUCUUUAAGGCAGAGCUGGAUGAGUAUUACCCAGGGUGCAUAGGGAGUCAGCCAGAGGACCUUGAUGCCUCGGGUGUGGUUAGCAAAAUGCUGGAGAGCUUUGGAACAGAGGGAGCUCUGAGGAUCACACUAAACUUCCUGCAUUUUACGGACCCUCUAAAAAAAGUCACCGAAGCCAACAAAAAAAAUUUAGGAAAAAGCGUGCAAAAUAUAUCAGAAGGAAUUGCACCACAUGGAAAACUAACCUAUUUGCAUGAGAUCUACACAGACCUCUACAUUAUACAGGGCAGAGAAGUUGCAUUCAACAGUGAACAUGAAGUGAAACAGAUUGAAAUGAUUUCCAAGAGACAGACCACUCAAGAGACACCAAUCAAAUUGAGCGAACUUUUCAAGCCAAUUCCUGGUCAAGGAAAACAAAUCAGAUCCGUGCUGACGAAAGGUAUAGCUGGAAUUGGAAAAACCUUUUCAGUGCAGAAAUUCAUUCUUGACUGGGCUGAAGGAAAAACAAAUCAAGACAUUAUGGUUGUUGUUCCUCUCCCUUUCAGGGAUCUUAAUCUGAAAACAGACAAAUACAGUCUUAUUCAGCUUCUUCAUCACUAUGCUCCAGAGCUUAAUCAGAUAAAAGAUGUUGAAGAUGAAGGAAUCAAAUUGCUCCUCAUUUUUGAUGGUCUGGAUGAGUGUCGAUUUCGUCUGGAUUUCCAGAACAGUGAGAUUGUGCAUGAUAUUACAAAGGCAACCUCAGCAGAUGUACUGCUGACAAACCUCAUCAGGGGGAAUCUGCUUCCCUCUGCUUUGCUCUGGAUAACCUCCCGACCAGCAGCAGCCCAACAUAUCCCUCUGGACUAUAUACACCAGAUCACAGAGAUACGCGGGUUCAGUGAAUCUCAGAGAGAGAUCUACAUCAGGAAAAAAAUCAGUGAUCAGAGCCUGGCAAGCAAAAUCAUCAACCAUAUCAAGUCAUCAAGGAACCUCUACGUCAUGUGCCACAUACCAGUCUUCUGUUGUCUCUCGGCUACUGUGCUUGAGGAAACUAUCAAAGGUGCAAGCAUUGGUAAAAAACUUGUUACCUUAACUGAGAUGUAUACACACUUCCUCUUCAUUCAGAUCAGUUUAAAGAACAAGAAGUUCAAAGGAGUCACAGUUGAAAACCCAACAACGCUGUGCGAAUCAGACAAAGAGAUGAUUCCGAAAUUAGGAGAGCUAGCUUUUCAACAGCUGGAGAAGGGUAAUUUAAUAUUCUAUGAACAGGACCUUGUAGAGUGUGGUAUUGAUGUCCGUAAAGCCACAGAGUACUCUUUAGUGUGCAAAGAAGUCUUCAGAGAAGAGCUUGCAUUGUACAGUGACAAGGUCUUCGGUUUUGUACAUCUGAGCAUCCAGGAACAUCUUGCAGCAUUGUAUGCACAUAUUUCAUGUGUAAAUGAGAAUAUAAAUGUUUUCAACAGAGAGGACGUCAGAGAUGGAGGACAGAGAUUUACAUUAUCUGAUUUACACCAGUGUACAGUGGACAAAGCCCUGCACAGCAAGAAUGGCCACUUGGACCUUUUCCUUCGCUUCCUUCUCGGCCUUUCACAGAAUUCUCACCACACUCUCCUUCAAGGGCUCAUGAAACAAAGAAAUUCACAAAUGAGAGAGUACAGUGCUUCUGAGACCAUCAGAUACAUAAAACAAAGGAUCACAAAUGAGACAUCAACAGAGAGGAUCAUCAAUCUCUUCCAUUGUCUGAAUGAGUUGAAUGACAACUCUCUAGUAGAGGAAAUCGAAUCUGCCUUCAGAUCUGGAAUGCUCACAGAUAAAGACAUGGAACCACACCAGUGUUCAGCUCUGGCCUACAUGUUACUGAUGUCAGAGGAGGUUCUGGACACCUUUGACCUGAACAUGUACAAAACUUCAGUAGCAUGUCGACAGAGACUGCUGCCAGUUCUCAGGACCUGCAAGAGGGCCAGUGUAAAUCACUGUAACCUCUCAUCUGGAUCCUGUGAAACUGUGGCCUCAGCUCUCCAGUCAGUGAACUCACCUCUGACAGAGCUGGAUUUGAGCUACAAUAAACUAAAAGAUGCUGGAGUGAAUCUGCUCUGUGCUGCACUGAUGAGUCCAAAUUGUAAACUGCAGAAACUGUGAUUGGCUGGCUGUUAUCUUUCAUCUGAAUCCUGUGGAAUCAUAGCCUUAUCUCUCCAGUCAGAGAAUUCAACCCUGACAGAGCUGGAUCUUAGCCACAAUGACCUUGAAGAUUCAGGAGUAAGAUCACUCUCUUCUGGUCUGAUGAGCCCAAAUUUCAUAAACUGCAUGAAUGUACAACCUCUCCUCUCCUCUCCCUCUCUCCGCAGCCUGAGUAUGUGUAGUCUCACAGAGGGCUGCUGUGACACUUUGGCCUCAGUCCUUAGAUCUUCUCACUCUAGCAUUACGGAUCUGGAGCUGAGAGAUAAUGACCUGAAGGAUUCUGGGGUAAAGCUGCUCUCUACUGGAUUGGCAAACCUCUGUAAAUUAGAAAAACUGAGUGUGGCAGGCUGCCUGAUCACAGAGGAAGGCUGUGCUUCAUUAGCAUUAGCUCUGUAUUCAAAUCCCUCACACCUUAGAGAACUGGAUCUAAGCUACAAUCACCCAGGAGAUUCAGGAGUAAGGCUGUUCUCCAGACUUCUGGAGGAUGGACAUCAUACACUAAAGAAACUGGAAGUGCACCAUGGAGGAGAGCACAGGAUGAAAACUGGGCCUAGGAAAUAUGCUUGUCAGCUAACACUGGACAGAAACACAGCACAUAGACUGCUCAUUCUGUCUGAGGACAACAGAAAAAUACAAGGAACUUCAAAAGAGCAGCCUUAUCCUGAUCAUCCAGAGAGAUUUAAGAUCUAUACUCAAGUUCUAUGUAAAGAAGCAUUGGCUGAACGAUGUUACUGGGAGGCAGAGUGGAUUGGAGAGAGGAUAUUUAUUGGUGCUGCAUAUAGGUCUACCAGUAAAGAAGAAGCUUCCUUGGGAAUGAGUAAGACGUCUUUUGCCAUGCUCUGCUUGAAGAAUGGAUUCAGCUUCUAUCAUAAUCAUGAGAAACAUGAUGUAAGGAAUCCCCCUCACCCAUCUAACAGAGUAGGGGUGUAUCUGGACUGGCCUGCUGGUACACUGUCCUUCUACAGCAUCAUCGAUGACUCACUGACUCUCCUUUACACAUGUCAUUCCAAAUUCACUGAGCCCCUGUAUGCAGCAUUUAUGCUUUACCGUGAAUACACAAUAUCUCUGUGUCAGCUUGAAUAG